AUGUUAGCAAUAAAAAACUUGGGCAUCAACACCGAAACAUGGGAUGCACUAAUUUGUCAUAUUUUAACGAAAAAGUUACACGACGAUACGGUAAAACACUACGAGUGUCAACUACGCAACGUUCGCGAAACUCCGAAUUUGCAAGAAUUUCUGGCAUAUUUAGAAAACAGCAAAGUCAUUGAAUGUAAAAGUAAAUUUACUUGUAAAACGUGUAACAAAAAACAUCAUUCAUUACUGCAUUUCGAUUCAGUUAAAUCAAAUGUUGCGAAAAUUUCGGACUAUCAAGCAUCGAACGAUGAACACGAAAAUGAUAAUUCAGUAGUAUCAGCAAAUUCUUCAGCAUCGAAUUCGCGUGUAUUAUUAGCUACGGCAUUAAUUAGCGUGAAAGGUAAAAAUAACGAAAAAUAUGCACUUCGUGCUCUGAUCGAUCAAGGAUCGCAGAGCGCGUUCAUCACCGAAUCAGCAAUGCAAUUGCUCAAACUAAAAAGAAUAAAACAAAAAACUUGUUUUGCUGGUCCGAUAGACAUUCUUCUCGGCGCAGCUGAAUACGCACAAAUCAUAAAACCAGGUCUCAUAAAAGGUUCUACAGACGAACCGAUUGCCCAAAACUCUGAAUUGGGUUGGAUCAUUUCGGGACCAACCAAUUUUGAUUCAGCCGUGGGAGCACAACUUGAAAAUCGAUUCAAAAAAAAUCCUAAAUUGGCAGAAGAAUAUAAAAAAUUCAUUCACGAGUAUAUUGACCUAGGUCAUAUGGAACGAUCAGUUUACAAUCCAAAUAUCACAUCGUAUUAUUUACCACAUCAUUGUGUAAUACGAGAUAGCACAACUACGAAACUUCGGGUAGUGUUCAAUGGCUCUCAAAAAACUGACAACGGAAAAUCUCUCAAUGAUGAACUUGCAUUGGGUGCCAUAGAACAAAAGGACAUGUUAAGCAUUCUAAUCAAUUUUCGCAUUUACAAAUAUGCAUUUACGGCUGACAUUGAGAAAAUGUACCGCCAAAUUUUAAUCGACGAAAGCCAAAGAGACUUGCAAAAAAUCAUUUGGCGUGAUUCCCCUGAACUACCGCUUUCUGAAUUUAGACUUAUCAAGGUCACAUACGGCACCAGUCUCGCUCCGUUUUUAUCACAUCGCACUACAAGACAACUUGCAAUCGAUUGCGAAAAUGAAUAUCCAGAAGUAUCAAAUACCAUAAGAAAAAACAUGUGGGUUGACGAUGUGGUAAAAGGUGCUUUUACUGAGGCAGAAGCAAUACAAUUGUGUAGCGACUUGCGCAAGGUAUUCAGCAAAGCCGGAUUCAAUUUACGAAAAUGGUCUUCAAACAACGUAAAUGUGCUGUCCGCAAUUCCGGAGAGUGAUCGUGAAUUGAAGGCUAUAAGCAGCAACGUGAAAGCGUUGGGCAUAAAAUGGUCGCCGUCUCAAGAUGUUUUCACAUACGAACUCAGUUUAAAAAAUCAUUCAAAUCCAUUUACAAAAAGAUUGCUACUAUCUGAAAUCUCUUCAAUGUUCGAUCCACUUGGCUGGAUAUGUCCAGUAGUAAUUUCAGCGAAAAUUUUGGUACAAAAGUUGUGGGAGAAAAACGUCGAUUGGGAUGAAAUUGUACCGAAAGAAAUCGCUGAAAAAUGGUUGGAAAUAAAAAGCGAAUUGCAUCUCAUUAAUGACAUCAGAGUGGAACGUUGGAUAAAUUACAAUCCUGAGGAUGUCAUGGAGUUGCAUGGUUUCGGUGACGCAGCGGAACCAGCAUUCGCAGCUGUGAUUUACAUUAAAAACGUCACGCAAAACACGGUGCGACUAUUAAUCGCAAAAAAUAAAGUAGCUCCUCUGAAAACAACGAAAGACGCACUCACAAUACCGAGAUUGGAAUUGUGUGCAGCAAAUUUACUUGCCAAAUUGACGAAAGGCGUUUUAAAAGCAACAAACAUAAAUUUCAGCAAAAUUUUUCUUUGGUCCGAUUCAAAAAUAGUCAUCGAUUGGAUUCGAGGAAAUCCGAAGCGAUACAAAAAGUUUAUCGCACACCGUGUUUGUGCAAUAGAUAAGGCAAUUGGAACAAAAAACUGGUAUCAUGUUACCACUGACAAAAAUGCAGCAGACUGCGCUUCACGCGGCAUGUUGCCAUCGGAAUUGCUGAGACAUGAAAUGUGGUGGAAUGGCCCACAGUUUUUGCGUGAAAACAAUUACUAUGCAAACAAUGCAAGUCAUUUAAAUAACAUUGACCCAAUAAUUGAAUCACUCGCAUUAAGUGUAGAAAUCUCUCCAAUUUCAAACGAACAAAUUCUUCCUGAAGUCUCGUCGUUCAACAAAAUGAAACGAAUAAUCGCAUACUGUUUUCGUUUUGCAUCGUUAUGCAAAGCAAAACAGGGGCCCAAAGCAUUGUCUCCGAUUUCGGCUGAUGAGCUAAAUUUAGCGGAAACAGCAAUAAUAAAAAUCAUUCAACGGGAGGCAUUUGGUGCCGAAAUAAGUGAAUUAAUGAAGAAAAGAUCAGUAAAUUUUUCAAGUAACAUUCUGAAACUAAGCCCAUUCUUAGAUGAAAAUAACAUUCUGCGCGUAGGUGGCAGACUACGAAAUUCGGAUUUGGUGUUUGGACGAAAACAUCAAAUCUUAAUACCAAAAAACAAUAGCGUAACAACUUUAAUAAUUCGUCAUUUUCAUUUAUUAUGCAUGCACGGUGGAGCAAAAGCCACUGAAGCAAUCAUCAAACAGCAGUUUUGGAUUGUGAAUGCACAAACAGAAAUAAAGAAAAUUUUGCAUCGUUGCAUUCCUUGCUUCAAACAAAGACAAAAAACCAUGUCACAAUUAAUGGCAGAUUUGCCGGCCAAUCGCGUAAACAUUGUUGAAAAGCCAUUCACCAACGUAGCAGUAGACUACACCGGUGCAAUUCCAUACAAAACGGCAAAAGGUAGGGCUGGUAAAAUUUCUAAGGCUUACAUUUCAAUAUUUGUCUGUAUGGCUACAAAGGCACUUCAUAUCGAACUAGUAUCAGAUUUAACAGCCGACGCGUUCAUAGCUGCCGUUCGCAGAUUGGUAGCGCGUCGUGGAAUGAUCAAGAGCUUCAACAGUGACAAUGGCACAAACUUUGUAAAAGCUAAUAAAGAUCUAAGUGAUUUAUUUGAAAUCGAAAAAGAAGAGUUCAAAACAAUCUGCGAUGAACUUUCAAAGCAAGGCAUUUCUUGGCAUUUCUCACCCGCUGGUGCGCCUCAUUUCAAUGGCCUCGCCGAGGCUGGUGUGAAAGUUGCAAAGACUCAUUUAAUAAAAACAAUCGGAAAAACUGCGCUAACAUUUGAAGAAUUGUCCACAUUAUUGUAUCAGGUGGAAGCAUGUGCAAAUUCAAGACCACUUUGUGCACUAUCUACUGACCCUGAUGACAUCGAUUGCCUAACACCUGGACAUUUCUUGAUUGGGGCACCGUUACUGGCACCACCCGACGAAAGCUACAUCGAAACGAAC